CAGACGGGCUGUGCAGGCUGGGGCCGGCGCUAUGGCGGUUGGGGGGCUGCUGUUCCGCUCGGUGCUGGCGGUGCUGGUUCUGUUCGGGUCGGUGGGAGCGGAGGCGCUGUACGGGCCGGCGGAUCCCCUCAGUAUCCUCAAUAAGGAGUCGGUGACGCGGGCCGUGUUUAACUCUUCCUCUGCCUGGCUGCUGGAGUUCUACUCCUCCUGGUGCGGCCACUGCAUCAACUACGCCCCCACCUGGAGGGCCCUGGCCCGGGAUGUGUCCGACUGGGACCCGGCCAUCAAGAUCGGGGUGUUGGACUGCGCCGAGGAGGACAACUAUGGGACCUGCAAAGACUUCGGUGUCACCUUAUAUCCCACCUUUAGGUUCUUUAAAGCCUUCACCACGGAGUUCACCCAAGGAGAGAAUUAUAAAGCUGGAAAUGACCGGGAGAUACAGACGGUGCGACAAGUGAUUAUCGAUUUCCUUCAGACGUCCCCGGCGCAGAGCAAGCCGCAGGCCUGUCCCACCCUGGAGCCCAUUAGUUCCAGCGAGAUUUCAUCUCUUCUGACCCAGAAGCAGUCGCACUACACCGCCAUAAUCUUCGAAAGCGAAGAGUCGUACGUGGGGCGAGAGGUGAUGUUGGAUCUGAUCCGAUACAGUAACAUGGUGGUGAGGCGAGCGCUGCCUUCCGAUAAGGCCAUCCUGGAGAAACUGGGUAUCGGCUCCGUCCCGUCCUGUUAUCUGAUCCAACCAAACGGCUCCCACGGAUUAAUUAAAGAAGUGAAGUGUUUGCGGGCGCAGCUUUCCUCGCACCUGAAGGCCCUGCCCAAUGUAAGGAAGCGGUUGCCGUCCGACACGGCACAUUCGGGGCUGAACAAAGAUGCGCAACAGGGGGACGUGGCCAUGAAGGAGUUUGAUAGGUCCAAGCUGUACAUGGCCGACCUGGAGUCAGGAUUACAUUACGUCCUCCGGGCAGAACUAGCCAAUCACCGCACGCUGGAGGGGGAGAAGCUGAAGACGUUUAAGGACUUUGUUACCAUCCUUUACAAGCUGUUUCCUGGGAGGCCGCACGUGAUGAAGCUUCUGGAGACGCUGCAGGAGUGGCUGGUUAGCAUGCCGUUGGACAAGAUCCCGUACGACGCCAUUCUGGAUCUGGUUAACAAUAGAAUGCGGAUCUCUGGGAUAUUCCUCACCAAUCACACACAGUGGGUUGGGUGCCGGGGCAGUAAGUCCCACCUGAGGGGCUACCCAUGUUCCCUAUGGAAGCUCUUCCACUCUCUGACUGUACAAGCUUCUGUGAAACCGGACGCCUUGGCCAACACAGCCUUAGGAGCUGACCCCCAGGCCGUCCUGCAGACCAUGAGGAGCUACAUAAGGGAGUUCUUCGGUUGUCGAGAAUGUGCCAAGCAUUUUGAGGCAAUGGCUAAAGAAACCAUGGACAGUGUUAGAACCCCGGACCAGGCCGUCCUUUGGCUGUGGAGGAAGCACAAUGCGGUCAACAAUAGACUUUCUGGUGCUCCUAGUGAAGACCCCAAGUUUCCAAAAGUCCAGUGGCCAACCUCGGACCUGUGCUCUGCUUGCCACGGCCAGACCGGCGGGGGGACGCAGAGCUGGAAUGAGAAUGAGGUUCUCUCUUUCCUAAAGCGCUACUACGGCAAGCAGGAGAUUUCCUUGGAAUUCGCCGACCACAGAACGGAACAGAGCGAAGCAGCCGACGGCCACGGGAAUAAAGAGCCGCUUCCCACCAAGAAACCUGAAGAAGGCGAAGACCUGAAGAAGAACCAAGGCCCCCAGUUCCUGGAUAAACUUAUUCCGAAUAAGCCGGAGAAAAGUGUCGGUUCCGAGGCGGCCGAUACCCGCCAGUCCGUCAGUUUCCUGGGGAUCGGCUUCUCCAACAUAGACAUGAGCCUGUGCGUCAUCCUCUAUCUCACCUCCUCCCUGUUCCUCAUGGUCAUGUACUUCUUCUUCCGCUUCCGCUCCAAGCGCUGGAAAGUCCGGUACAGCCGACCCUUUGUGUAAAGAACAUUCUUUAUUUGUUUUUAAUGAGAAAACAUGAAGGUUUUCAGACUGCAGAGUUCUACACGUGGCUUUAUUAUUUGUAAAGAUCAGGGAUUUUUGAAGACAUUUUACAUUUGAAGCUAUUUCCUGUUGAGCUAUUUCCUGUUGAAGCUAUUUCCUUUGGAUUUCACUGUUAACAAGUUUUUUAUUUUUAUCUGGAAGAUUUUGAUGGUGCCAUACUUGAACUAUUUAUCUAGAAUUGUCCUUAUUAUUCAAGGGUUGGGGGGAUAUUUAUCCUGCUGUGUGAAAAGUGGAGUAAAACGUCACCGGUGAUGAUGUUUAUAGCAGCCAAUCGGAUGCUUUGCUAACUGUUGAACCCCAGAACCAACCCUGACGGAUUCUGCCGAAUCCGAAUUAGCAAAUGUUAAUUAGGAAAGGCCGAAACCGAAUCCAUCAAAAAAAAGCUGGUGCAUCCCUAAUUGCUGAUUGGUUGCCCUGGGCAACAUCACCGGUAACGCUUCCCUCCACUUUUUACACGGCAUGAUAAAUAUACCCCUUAGUGUAGGGAUUCCAAACUAAGGGCAGGGUUGGACUGCUAAAAAAAAAACCCCAGUAGGCCUGGCCCAGACCUGACCCCACCUACCGCUCCCCGUUGCCCUCCCUCCUCCAAUCACAGCGAAGUAUAAGGUACACCUGUGGAAUGGGGGAGGGGCUGGCAGUGGGUGAGUGGGUAGUUGGGGACUCUGGAGGUAACGGCCCCAUUGGGCCUCACUUACACCAGUCCGACCCUGAUUAAGGGCAACAUUUGAGGGAUCGUUUAACCUGCCCAACCUACGUUGCCAACGACUACAAGGCUGCCAAACAAGAUGGUUGCUUGUUGUCCUAUUAAAGCGCUGGGCCACAUUGGUUUGAUUGUUUGCCAUGUUGGCCAGUGUUGUCCUCAACUGCCAGAAUUUUCUAACCUGCCUGAUAGAUAUUUUACCGCUCCCUAUUGCCCUCCCUCCUCCAAUCACGGCGAAGUACAAGGUACACGCAUGGAAUGGGGAAGGGGCGGGCAGUGAGGUAGCUGCCCCAUUGGGCCUCGCUUACACCAGUCCAACCCUGAUUAAGGGCAACAUUUGAGGGAUCGUUUAACCUGCCCAACCUACGUUGCCAACGACUACAAGGCUGCCAAACAAGAUGGUUGCUUGUUGUCCUAUUAAAGCCAAAUUGCUUUGAUUGGUUGCCAUGUUGUCACGAAGGGCCCAUACACGGUCCAAUAAAAACUGCCGACGUGACCUAGAGGGGACCAUGUUGAUAGUUAACGGACCAGCUGGACUUGGGGGUAUGAUGUAAAUGGUUAAUUGUGUACAGCCAUGCUAAUUUAUACACCUAACGAGCCAUGUGAUCGUUAUUGUGACAUAAUGUAACAUUCACGGACUGACUUGUUCAUAUUAAGCCUUAUUUAUUUAUGCACAUUCCAUGUCCAGUCGUAUUACAGAUCCGGGAGAGAUCCCCCAGCCAAUAGGAGGAAGUGGGGAUUGGAUGAGCCCUGAGAUACAGACAAGCUGAUUGGUUGCAGCUCCAUGUUGGUUACGGACACCAUAGUAAAGUCAAGUCGUCGGUUGCAUCAGUUUUCCCUUUUGGCCGCUCACGGCUCUGUGUGAUUGGCUAAACUGACUAGGGGGGGCGGGGUCAGACUGUUUGAAAAUGAAUAAACUGUAUGAGAAAUGAUUCCUUGAUUGGCUGAGUAUUAACUACGGAACUGACCCACUUGCAGUAAUAGUACUGGGAGCCGUGACGGGCGGGCAAGCACGGGCUGCGGGUUUUAUUAUUUGUGUAUUUUUAUGUUCGGCAGCUCUCCGGGUUUGGCAUUUCAGCAACGAUCUGGUUGCUGGGGGUCUCAUUUACCUUAGCAACCAGGCAGCUGUUUAAAUAAGAGACUGGAAUACAAAUAGGAGAGGGAGCAAAUCAGAACAUAGGUGAUAAAAAGUAACAAUAACAAUAAAACUGGAGCCUCACAGAGCAAUAGGGUUUGGCUGCCGGGGUCAGUUAUCCUGUUGCUAGGGCUCCAAUUACCUUAGCAACCACAAAGUGGUUUGGAUGAGAGACUGGUAUAUGAAUAGGGGAGGGGCUGAAUAGAAAGAUAAGGAAUAAAAAGUAACAAUAACAAUAAAACUGGAGCCUCACAGAGCAAUAGGUUUUGGCUGCU